AUGAGCGCUGACAGACGACAUUUUUUGAUUUCCAAAGCCCUUUCAAAGCUGCUUCGGCACCAGGCAGUGAACGAGAAGUUACCCAUUGAUGAGAAGGGUUUCGUACCUCUUGAGCAGAUUUUGAACCAUCGUUAUAUCAGGUCACUAAAAGCAACGUUUGAAGAUAUAUUCUUUGUGGUCAACCAGAAUGAUAAAAAAAGAUUUCGGAUUGUUUCUCAAGAAGGAGAGCAGCUUGUCGAUGCCCUGGAAUACAAGCCAAACAGAUCAUACUAUAUUUGCGCGCUACAAGGACAUUCUUUGAGUUCCGUGAGCCAAUCUUUUGACAUGGUUGAACUGACUGCAGAAACCUUUCCUGAAGUCAUCGUGCAUGGGACAUAUAGAAGAUACUGGAAGGAUAUCAAACAAACUGGUGGCUUGAGCCGAAUGAAGAGGAAUCAUGUCCAUUUUGCCAAAGGAUUGCCCCGUUGGUUUUCCAAUAACUCAGAUAAUACGGUUAUCAGUGGCAUGAGAAAAAGCUGCGACCUGCUAAUUUACUUGGAUGUUGACAAAAUCAAAAACAGCCCUCUCACUUUCUACGAGAGCGGUAAUGGCGUGAUUCUCACUCCUGGCGACGAAAACGGCAUUGUGGGUCUACACUAUUUCAAGGAAGUUACUGACGUUGAAGGUAACAGAGUAUAUAAUUGA